ACGGCGGUGAGUGACAGCCUGCUCCUCCACGGUAGCGGCUCCGCUCCUCUCAACACUACAGCAGCGGGACCCGGAGCAGAACCUCGCCGAGCUGAGCAGGACAGGUGCCGGGUGAGCAGACAGGCACACAGCGACAAGCGGCGUGCAGCAGGACAUGCCCUGUGCCCUGAGAUGUGCAGUAAAUGGGAUUAAAGCGCUCGGACACUAGCAGCACUGAUAGUAGUAGUAAUAGUGGGGAGUAGGGGGAGCUGCACCGCAUGUGCUCGCUUGUGUGCGGCUUGAAAAACUUGUGUUGGACCGUCCGCAAUUGAGAGCAAAGAAGGAAAUUGAGCAGAAUUGCAGCCCGUCAACUGUUUACUUUUAACUUCCCGGACUUUCGGUGCAAGCAACCCGAACCGACCCCUGCCUCCCCUCUCACAUGCCUGCGUUUACGUGUGAGAGAGGGAGGGGAGAGGAGCCCGGGCAUGUUUGAAUUACCUCUCUAAACUUGCAGAAAUAUAUCAGGAGAGAUCAAAUAGGUCGCGUGUGUUCUUGUGGGAGCUAAAGGAGAUAUUGGGUGUCAUGGAGAGCCAAGCAGUGGAGCAGCAGAGCUGCGAGGACGUGCGGAAAAGCGGCUACCUCCGAAAGCAGAAGUCCAUGCACCGGCGGUACUUCGUGCUCCGCGCCGCCUCGGAGCGUGGCCCGGCCCGCCUGGAGUACUACGAGAGCGAGAAGAAAUUCCGCGGUAAGGCCCCCAUCCCCAAGAAAGCGGUGGCUCUGGAGACCUGCUUCAACAUCAACAAGCGGGCCGACUCCAAGAACAAGCACAUGAUCGUGCUGUACACCCGGGCCGAGAGUUUCGCCAUCGCCGCGGAGAACGAGGCGGACCAGGACGAGUGGUACCAGGCCAUGGUGGAGCUGCAGUGCAAAAGUAAGAACCCCACUGACAAUGGUGCUGCAGGGGACUAUGGGGUGCCCAAUCCUGGUCCUGCAUUCAAAGAGGUGUGGCAAGUGAAGGUCUGGCCCAAAGGCCUGGGUCAAGCCAAGAACUUGGUUGGCAUUUACCGCCUUUGUCUGACUGAAAAAACGGUCAACUUUGUCAAGCUCAACUCUGAUGCUGCAGCUGUAGUGCUGCAGCUGAUGAACGUCCGACGUUGUGGCCAUUCAGAAAACUUCUUCUUUGUUGAGGUGGGGCGCUCUGCUGUGACAGGCCCGGGCGAGUUCUGGAUGCAGGUUGAUGAUUCGGUGGUGGCCCAGAACAUGCAUGAAACCUUGCUAGAGGCUAUGAAGGCCCUGAGUGAGGAGUUCCGCCAGCGCAGCAAAUCUCAGUCCAACUCUGGACCUGGAGGAGGUGCUACCGCUUCUAACCCCAUCAGUGUUCCCUCACGCAGGCACCAUCCUAACCCUCCUCCCAGUCAGGUAGGCUUCACCCGAAGGCCCAGAACAGAGCCCCCAGGAGGAGCAAAUGGCGGGGCAGAGGCCAGCAGUGCCAAUGCUUCUCCCACCCCACGGCACAACUUUCCAAGGUCUCGCACUGCCAGUGAUGGGGGGAGAGUUGAGGAAGGGUUAACAGGCACCACACCCCUCCAAGGUUCAAGCUCAAGCCCCUGCACUAAUGGCUCAUGCGCUACCACCCCAAUCCUCAGGUCGAAAUCCGCCCGUUCAGCCCCCACAUCAGCUGCUAAAACUCCUCUUGGGUUGAUGCGUUCCAUCUCUACGCCAGCACCCUCCCCAGCCCCAAGCCUAUCCUCCAGCUCUGGACAUGGUUCAGAGUUUGGGGGUGUAACAUCAGCUGCAGGGGCUGGUCCAUCUGGUGCCUACAGUCGAGUCCUGUCACAUGGGGCAUCCAUCUCAGGCUCACCCAGUGACUAUGGGUCCUCAGAUGAAUAUGGCUCCAGUCCUGGGGAUCACACGCUCCUUCCCUCACCGAGCCUCCCUGGAAGCUCUGUUGGGAGCACUGGCAGCCAGUCUCUUGUUGAAGAAGGAGCUAACUACAUCCUAAUGGGCCAACGUAGUGGCGGUGGUAGCGGCAGCAGCAGUAAUCAGGGUAGCUUGACAUCAAGUUCCCUGCCAGCACCAGGAACACCUUCCAAUGGCUCCCAACCCCAAACAAGGAGAGUGCUGCGUCGCUCCUCCAGCCGUGAAUGUGAAGCAGAACGUAGGCUACUGAGCAAGCGGGCCUCUUUACCUCCUAUGGCUCUGGAAAGGCUGGCACCACGGCAGCGCAGAGCAGAAGAGCCAGCAGAAGAAGAUUCAGCUGAUUAUGCCAUCAUGUCAAGGAGUACUAGCAGAGAGUCCUUUACGUCUACUUCCUCAUCAGCACAGAGGGAAUCCUUCAUGAGUGCUGGGUCAGCAGCAGGAGGAGGAGGAGGAGGAGGGGGAGGAGGGUACUUGGAUGUGGCGGGUGAGUUCAGGUGUGAAGGUGGGGCAAGUGGUGCUAUAGAUGUAGUUGUGGACAAUGGGUACAUGUCCAUGCUUCCUGGUGUCACUCAGCCCCCAGCAUCCUUGUCCCAGUCACCAGCUGUCUCUGUGCCAGACUCAGAUUCCAAACCUGGAGACGAUUACAUGGCCAUGACCCCUAACAACAGCGUGUCACCUCCGCAGCAGAUCCAGCCUCCACCAUCUACUGAUGGCUAUAUGAUAAUGUCCCCAAAUAGCAGCUGCUCCCCUGACCAGCGUGGGGGUCUCUUGGGAGGGGCUUGGUUGGGCAGUGGUAGUGCAGAUAGCAGAGCAGGCAGUGACUAUAUGAAUAUGUCUCCAAUCAGUGCGCGUUCUGUAAAUGGCAGCCCCCCACCUCUUGAACACACAGGUCCUUUAGAGACUAGUUCUCAACAGCAAGCCCCCAAGAUGGUGUACUCUUACUAUUCCCUUCCUCGGUCUUACAAACAUAACCCCACUGCUGGACACUUUGACGAUGGGCCUGUAAGAGGCAGAAGGCCCAAUGGGAAUUGUAGUAGGGGACUUGGAGGAGGUAGGACUACUGGAGGGCGACAGGAGCAACCAGCGGCAGGCAAUUCCAUGGUUGGACGCCUGUCCCUCUCUUCUUCUUCACACUCCUCGAGUUCAGCCAGCAGCGAGAGCCUUGGAGAGAGUGAGGAUCGAGCUACCCAGGCAGUGAGCCCCAUGGCUGGGGGAAUGCAAUCCAAAGACGGGAGUAAGCUUCAGCAAAGAAGAGGAUCUGGUGGAUUGUCCAAGCAGGGUAGUCAUACUAGGAACAGACCAGUGAGCCUGUUUGUUGACGUGUCCAAGGCAAACACACUUCCAAGGGUCCGUGAGAACCCUUUGCCCCCAGAACCCAAGAGUCCUGGGGAGUAUGUAAGCAUUGAGUUUAAGGGGGAGAAGUGCAGUCAGACUGGAGUUGCCGGGGGGCGUGGCAGGGGUCUGAGGCAUGGCUUAUCAUUGCCCCAUGGCUCAAGCAGCAAGCAUCUUCAACAUCGGCCAACUUCUUGCUUAGGGAACUCUAUCCCCGUUUCUGGUUCUCCCUCUGCCCCUCUCACUCCCCCAGCAGCUUCUGAGUAUGUCAACAUGGACUUGGGCCCUUCUCCAUCCCCCUCACCCCUCUCCCUUACCCCACUGGUUUUCCCUUCUUUUCACACCCCUCCAACACCUCCAACUCUUGCUCAUGCUCCUAAAGCCUGUGAUGAGGACACUACAAGCCCUCGUGAAGAUGGGGCUGAAGUAUCUGAAGCUCCACUACGGAAAAGCAGAGCUAAAGUCCCAUCAGUGACUGAAUCUGAGUCCCCAACCUCCUGUGGUGACUACACAGAGAUGGCCUUCAGUUUGAAUAGCAACCCCGUCCCUAGGCCAUCAUCCAGUGUGUCUCCCAAAGCCCCUUCCCCCACCCGGACUGAACCUACUGUUCCUGUACUUUCGAGGGGUCUAGACUUUCCUCUGGCCAAACCAGGACCUAACCCUGACCACGGGGCUAAAGUAAUCCGGGCUGACCCUCAAGGACGAAGACGGCACUGCUCAGAAACUUUCCUUGCCUCACCUUCCCUCCCCACCUCUACCUCUGCAUCAUCCUCUUCAACUGCCUCCCUCUUUCCAGAACAUGCCCAAGCUGUGGCUCGCCGGCUGGGCUUUGAGAGCAUGCUGUGGGGUAAUGGUGCUGUGACUGAUAACCCCACUCAAUUCGCUCUUCCUGGACAGGCAGCCCUUUCCACAAACGCCCAGACUUCAUCCACAGAGCAAGGACUUAACUACAUAGAUUUGGACUUGGCCAACAAAGAGAGCCCCAAUUUGGGACUGGAUGGACCCUCAGGUACUCAAGCAGCCUCUCGCCUCUUCUCUGUACUGGGUGGAGGUUCUGGAGUUGGUGGAGUAAGCCCAGCAGUUGGCAGCAGCAGCUCAAACCUCAACACUUAUGCCAGCAUUGACUUCUACAAAUCAGAAGAGCUACGGACACAUCAGAAUGGAAACAAGGAGGGAACAGAGUGCUGAUGUCUUUGGGGAAAAACAAUCUGGUCCCAAAUUGGAGAGCGCUUCAACUCUACGCCUGUUCCGUUUGUGACAACCAAUCAAAUCAAGCUGAGCAGCAGGAUUGGACACCCCCCCCCCCCCCCUCGCAGCACUUUGACAGAGACUGAUGGAGUUUUUUGUUCUCGCUCUGUCUCUCUUCACUUUCAUCUUGUUGGUUGUGGAAAAACCAACACGGAUGCGUGCCAAAUGACGUUCUAGAAAAGCCGCGUGCUGCUCUCAUUCCUUGAGUGGAAAGCCAAUCAGAGAAGGGUACCGAGAAAUUUAGAUUUGUUUUGUUUUUUUUCAAAGCGAAAAAAAUCAUUAUCGUUAAGACUAUAAUGGUGGCUAACAAGUGUAUUAAAAAAGAAAAGAAAAUUAUAUAUAUCAGCUCAAGAAGUGCCUCAUUUUCAGAUUGUAGCCAUUUACAAAGAACUUCAUCUUACUGAAGCUUUUUUUUUUUCUGUGUGCUUGAUUUGAUGUAGAAUUAAAACAAGGCAGGAGAUAAAGAUGAACGCUUGCUGCGUUCAUGUCAUAUCGUCUGAAUGGUAGAAAUAAUAGCUAUCUCUAUGUUUACAAACUCGCAAAAACAGUUUAGUCGAAGGUCAGACUAAUAGCGUGCAUGGUUGAUUUAACUAUAUAUCUACAAUCGUCUGCUUUAUUUAUAGUUGAUUAACAUUUUGUGUUAGGAUUACAGGAACUUCUGUAUCACUCGGUGCAACGUCAGACAAAUCAAAGUGUAAUAAUAAUAUUUGCAUCUGAAAUAAUAAUGACUUACGCAACAUUUGCAAGUGUGAAAAUCUUCACAAAGAAAAUCCAAUAUGACAUGAAUGUAGCAUAAAUAAGGUGUGUAAUGAUAAUGGUACUAGCAAUGAGCUGGCCUUCCGGUCUACUGUGAGAAAAUAUUAGCAUAGCUGCUGUUAGCAUUCAGCUAAUUUUAUAACCCCACUCUUUUUCAGUUUGUCCUUUUCUUUUUCUCUUCCCUCUCGCUUUUUUGAUGAAUACGCCUCAAGUAUUAAACACACAGGCUUGAAACAUAAGGCACUAACGAAGAGAUAUACCGAAGCUUGCUAGUUAGCUAAAGUUAGCAAAGGUCAUAUUAAGAUAUUAGCAAUGUGCCGGGACGUGAGUUUAACGUCCUACUGUCCACAGCUCAGGGUAAGACCCCUGCCAUAGAGCCAAGGAAUCCCAUUAGUGCUAUUAGCUCCAAAUACCUAUGCCCCACUUUCCUGCUGUCUUCUCAGGAUGCUGAAUAACAUACAGUAGCUGUAGCCUACAUGCAGCUGAGGAUGGAGAUCUUCUAAAUAGCCAUGCUAAUGCUAGCUUUGUAGCGGUCAGCUCACUGCUUUUAGCACAGGACAGAGUGUCCGUUUUCUUUCAAUUCUGUCAGAAAAAAAUGACAAACAAAUUGUUCACAAUUAUUUUAAACUUUACAGUUCCAGACAUUUUAAUUUUUUUUUUUUAAAUCUGUUGAAUUGAAACUGCGUUGACGCAUCUUUCUUUAGAACUUUCUUUCUCCUUUCCUUCCUCCUUUCUGUCUUUUGCUUGGCUCUUUCUUCAACCUCCGCUAUGCAUCUGCACUUAAGUGCCUGUCUGUCCUUUUUACUCUCUGCCCCGUCUUAGCAGCUAGCACUAUUAGGGCUGUCCUACCUGAAUAUAUCAGGUCUUUUUGUGUCUUUUGUGUUUUUUUGGCUGUACAGUUCUCAUAAAAAAAAUGUAUAUGUCUGUUCAGUGUGAUGAUGUUCUAUCAGAUGACUUGACUUUUACAGCCAUGGCCCUAACUGGAGGAGUUUUGGACUGUUUCUCUUUGCCGGUAAUGGAGGACUUAAUUGUCGUGGGGCCUUUAGUGCCAAAAUACAGCAAAAAAAAAAAAAAAAAAAAAAGGCUCCGGCAGCACCUCAAGAAGCAACCUUCAGCUCUCAAGUCUAGACGUAAUGCUUUGUUUUGUUUUCAAAAUGUUAUCUUUUUUUUUUAUGUUCCACCGUUUUUUCAUUUGCAGCAGGGGGGAAGAACUGUGACAUAUCUCGCCUCGCAGUCUGUUUAUGUGACUCUUGGAGAUUGAAGGUCAUGGUGAAGACAUGCGUAUGCUUUAACCUUGAAUCUGCCUACAACUUUGACCGCAAACGCAAAAAGAAAUGCAUGGCAAGAGAGAGAUAAGGCCACCUCGGAAGAAAAACAACAAAACACAAAUACCCUAUGUCUGCAUAUGUGUGCAUCUAUGUAGCUCCAAAUUGUACUCAUGUGUUUGUCUGCCAGCCUUAGGAAGUUCAUGAACUUUCUCAUUCUGGUCACAUGACUGUCGGGCGGCCUGGAGCUUAACAAUGCUGCUUUAUUAUGAGCAGAUUGGGAUCUGUGGCUGGAUUGCCUGUAAUAGAGGUUUCUAAAAAGUAAUGGGACUUGAGACCAGAUUUAGCACAUUGAACUAUGCUCUUGUACAGACUAGCAGGGAAACACAUGAUUAACGGUUGAAAUGUUUCUGAUGGAGAUGUUCUCAUAUGAAAAUAAUUAGCAGUUUUCAGUAUAAAUGUUAAAGGUACGUAUAAUUCAAAACGAUUGCAGAACACAUGCUUUCAACGUCAUCAUCCUGCCAUUGAAGCCCCGUUGGGAACGGAUCAUUUUGUCAACUUAUGAAAGAACUUCUUUCAAGCUGCCCGCAGCAGUCUGAAAAACCCUUCCUGUUGUCUGCCUGUGGUGAAGUGUUUAGUCGUCAAAGCCACAUAUCAUGAAUACAGUUCCUCCGGGAAAGCUCAGACGAACAGGGGUUUACGAGUUUAAGUGGCUGUAUGAUUUCAUUCACUGCGUUGUUAGCGACUUCAGCAAUUCUCAUAAAAUGUGCUCAAGGAAAGUGCUGCUGCUGUUCUAAAUGGUGUAAUCUCUUCCUCUUGUUCCCUUGAGGAAUGGUACUGAAUGGGAAUAUUGUGAAAUUUGCCAUUGAUGUAGACAGUUUUACUUCUGUUGCUUGAAAAAAAAAAUGACUAAAAGAAAAAAAAAAUUCAAACAAGAAAA